CGCACGCCGGACGCCAGUAGUGUUAACUCCUCAAGUACCUGCGAAAAAUGCUGUCGGCGGCUCGUCGGCUGCAUUGAUACAUCAGAUAUGCUCCAGUCGUUAUUACAACCAAGGGAAAAUCAGCGGUUCGUUACAUCUUCAGCCAAAAUGAUCGGCGCGAUGCCUGCAGUGGCCGUGCGGCAUGAGCGGCGGCGGGCGGAGAAGCGGGGCGGCGGGGGGCGCAGGCCUUCCCAGCUGCCUCUGCAGCUCGGCCGGGCCCUGGACGCGGACGCCACGCCCUCGCCAGACCAGCACCGGCUGAGGAAUGAGCUGUAUGUGUGUGGGAAGGUGGCAGCCCUGCACGCGGUGGUGGGUUCUCUUCUCCUGGGCAUCGUGGUGCUGGUGGUGGGGCUGGUGCAGCUGUCCCCUGGCGCGGAGGCAGCUCAGCACCGCUACUACCUCAUGGGGGCAGGCGCCGCGCUGAUGGGCACGGGAAUAUUAGGAGCUGUUCUGAGAUGCGUAUGCCUCCACUGGUACAACCGCAAGUUCCGCGAAGAAGAAGAGGAACAUGCGCAGGCGCACAAGAACGGCGUGAGCGUGGUGGAGAGCGGACACGGACACGACCACAAGGACCGGGGCCACGGGAACCAUGAUAAACCAGGCGACCACAAGAGUCACGAGCACAAAGAGAAACCCAAGCUGAAGGCCCAGGCCAGCGUUGGCAAAGACGUCGACCUGAUGAAGCAGUCUUCAGCAGCCAGCGACACUUAGAUCCCCCGACCAGUAGGAUAGACGUAGGAUAAGUUCGUGUUGUGCCGCUGUUAGGUUAAGGAAUGUUUGGUCGGUCCUAAGGCGUAAACAAAUUGAAACUUACCGUACAAAUUCAAAUUACAAAUAUAUGUGGGAAUGAAAGUAAAACACUUCUUAUUUUAUUGGACUUCUUAAUAACACAUCUUAUAACGUCUUACAUCGUACCACAGACUCCCUAUUCUAUCUCUUAAUGUUACCAACGUAAAAAUAAGUAAGAGGUCAGCUAACAAAAAGGAUUUAAAUAAAAACAAAAAACAAAACUUCUCCCACAUAUAUGUACAUAAAAUCACGCCUCUUUCCCGGAGGGGUAGGCAAAGGGUUAAUCUCUCCACUUGCCACUUCUAUACUUCUUUCGCUUCAGCCAAAUAACUCUUUUUAUGCAAACUCGGCUUUUGGAUUCGGUUUUGGGUACUCUCGACCUGACCUUUGGCCAGGACGACCUUUAUUUGAUCAAGGUACGUCUGAUUAUAAAUAUUUAAAGAGAAAUUAACUACGUCUUGGCAGCAUUGCACGUAGUCAAAGAAGUUCUAAUUAUCUUUCAUCUGCGUUCCCAUAAUUAUAACAUGACAAUGAUUUUAGAUACCUAUAUCACCAUUUUAACUACAAUUAUAAUGGGCUGUAAUAAAAAGGGGAAAAAAAAUAUUGGUAAAUUUGACAUUAAAAAUUGAACUUAUUGAUUGUUACGAAGAAAAAUGAAUACACUGCAAAAUUAUGAGAAAACACAAUUACCUAACUUGGACUUUUAACGUAAAAUCAAAUGAGAGGGCCGACCCAAAUGAAUUUAUUUUGAUGGUUUUUAAAUAUCACGGAUGGUAUGACAUAGUGUGUGACCGUGGGUGUCACGGUGUUUAAAUAUUUGUACUUCGUAUAUUAUAUGUACCUACUUUAGGAUAAGUCUCAUUCGUUUCUGUGUAAGCCAUCAGUCAUAAAAAAAAAUUGUCUAAAAAUUUCAAGCAAUGUACCGUUCCCAACAUACUACUUGGUGUUAUGGACCUAGAAAUAAUUUAUUAAAUAAAAAAUCACAUAUACCUGAUAAGACGAAGAUAUACGUUUAAUUUUUGAUUUAAAAAUAUUCAUCAUUAUGUGCAUUUUAUAAAUGUACUCAAUUAUUUAAUUGUUUUUAAUCAUAAGAUACAUACAGAGGUGGUGACAUAUCAUUUUACUUAGUACAUACAUUUAUGUGGACACUUCAUAAAAAUUUCGAAUUCAAAUCAUCAGUCAUACUUUACAAAAUAUACGACUUUUGUUUAAUAUCUUUUUGAAUUUUUUACAAAAGAUCCCCAUUGAUAUUUGAUUUCGAUAUACAAAUAACAUUAUUGGAAAUGUUUAUCGAAAGAAUAUACGGACCACAAUAAAUUGAUUCUAUAAAACUAUCAAAUGUUAUAAAAAUUAAAGAUAUACUUUUGAAAUUUCGCGCUACAUUUUAUAUAAAUUGUAAACAACACAGGGAUUCUCACGCAGUCGAAAAAGUUAACUAAAUUAUAUGAAUUUUUGAGUAUACUCUUUAGAAAAGUUCGAUCAGAUUAUUGGUUAAUAUAAUCAUAACAAUUCACAAUUGUUUCGACUUUACUAAUAUAAUCUACCAUAUCUCGGUGUAUUGGCUGCGCCUGCGGCUCAUUGUGUUAUUUACAAUUGCAAGCAAUGUGUUUAAAAUCAUAAUAAACAUUCUAAAUCCUUACCGUCCGUCUAAAGAAGGUAUUUUAUUACACUGUACCAUAUGUAAAGAAUUUGUAUUUAAUAUUUUUAGCUUUAUUUACACCUGACAUACGCAUUAGCACUACUUUCGUGAAAUCAUGCAUUUUUAAUAGGUAUUUUAUUUGACCAUUACUUAGGUGAAAAUUACAAUAAAUGUAUACAAAUAGAAAACCAAAAAAAAAUAACAUUAUUAUUUAUUCCACAAGAUUUCGUAUUAUACUUUUAAAUCCCUUUUAGUUUACGUAUUUAUUUAAGUAAAUAUAACGAAAAUUUAA